AUGGAUUCCCCCAAUCAAGGCUCGGCGUCCUCAUCCUCGUCCUCACCAUCUCCCCCGCCAGACGACAUAUUCAUCAGUCGAAUAGACGACGAGCCCACCCCAAUUGCCACGGGUAGCAGCAAGCGCCGCCUUAUGACCGCUUCCACCUCAUCCUACAGCCUGCGCAACCCGAAAACGCGCCGGCGGGAGGGGCGAGAAGAAUUCAUACGGCGGCCACCAUAUGAGUCGCGGCUCGGCAGAGAUGACGUUGUCGAUGUCGCGCUCAUGGAGCAAUUGUGUACUCAGUUUGGGGAUCCGUUUGAUGAUAGUGUCAUAAAGAGCUAG